UUCCUCAUCGGCUGGUUUGCAAAACCUACAGAUCAGAAGACAUCUCUGAGUACUCAUGAGGACAUGAGGACAGCAUUUAUGGCUGAAAUGAAAGCAGAAAACAUCAAGCAAUUUCUUUACAAUUUUACACAGCUUCCUCACCUAGCAGGAACAAAGGAAAAUAUGCAUCUGGCACAGCAAGUCCAAGCUGAGUGGAAGAAAUUUGGUUUGGAUUCAGUUCAGUUGGUUCAUUAUGACGUCUUGCUCUCUUACCCUGAUGACACUAAGCCCAACUACAUCUCAAUAAUUGAUGAGCAUGACAAUGAGGUUUUCAACACAUCAUUGUCCGAGCCUCCUCCUCCAGGAUAUGAGGCUGUUAGAGAUGUGGUGCCACCCUACAGUGCCUUUUCAGCCCAAGGAAUGCCUGAGGGUGAGUUGGUGUAUGUGAAUUAUGGCCGCACUGAGGAUUUCUUUACGUUAGAACGUGAAAUGGGAAUUAACUGUACAGGAAAGAUUGUUAUUGCCAGAUAUGGGAAGAUCUUCAGAGGAAAUAAGGUGAAGAAUGCUGAAUUGGCAGGUGCCAAGGGAAUUAUUCUGUACUCUGACCCUGCUGACUACUGCGCUCCUGGAGUAGAUCCUUAUCCAAACGGCUGGAACCUUCCAGGUGGAGGAGCCCAGCGUGGGAAUGUAUUAAACCUGAAUGGGGCAGGGGAUCCUCUGACUCCAGGUUAUCCUGCAAAAGAAUACAUGUACCGAUUAGACAAAACCAGUGGUGUAGGCCUCCCAAAAAUUCCAGUUCAUCCUAUUGGCUAUCAUGAUGCAGAGUCAUUACUGAGUAAUAUGGGAGGACAGGCACCACCUCAUAGUAGCUGGAAAGGAAAUUUGAAUGUAUCUUACAACGUUGGUCCUGGUUUUACAGGAAAUUAUUCUACAAGAAAGGUGAAAAUGCACAUUCAUAGCAACAAUGAAGUAAGAAGGAUUUACAAUGUGAUUGGUACCAUCAGAGGCACAGUGGAACCAGACAGAUACGUCAUCCUGGGAGGCCACCGUGACUCAUGGGUGUUUGGUGGCAUUGAUCCUCAGAGUGGGGCAGCUGUGGUUCACGAGAUUGUGAGGAGCUUUGGAAAACUGAAAAAGAAAGGAUGGCGACCAAGGAGAACAGUGAUAUUUGCAAGCUGGGAUGCAGAGGAAUUUGGCUUGUUAGGAUCAACAGAGUGGGCUGAGGAAAAUGCCAAAAUAUUGCAAACACGGGGAGUGGCUUAUAUCAAUGCAGAUUCUUCUGUUGAAGGAAACUACACACUGCGAGUGGAUUGCACACCACUGAUGUAUAGUCUGGUUUACAGUCUGACUAAAAAGAUACCAAGUCCUGAUGAGGGGUUUGAAGGAAAAUCUCUUUAUGAGAGCUGGUAUAAAAAAAAUCCAUCAAGCGAAUAUAAGGAGGUUCCCAGAAUAAAUAAACUGGGUUCUGGCAAUGACUUUGAAGCAUUUUUUCAACGUCUUGGCAUUGCUUCAGGCAGAGCGCGUUACAGUAAAAAUUGGAACACAGAAAAAUACAGCAGCUAUCCAGUUUACCACAGUGUCUAUGAAACCUAUGAAAUUGUGGAACAGUUUUAUGAUCCCACGUUCAAGAAUCAUCUGACAGUCGCUCAGGUACGGGGAGGGCUGGUGUUUGAAUUGGCCAACUCUGUUGUGCUUCCUUUUGACUGUAGAGAUUAUGCAUCAGCUGUGAGCAACUAUGCUCACAUCAUCUAUAAUUUGUCAAGGAAUCACGAAGAGGAGCUGGCAACAUACAAUGUAUCCUUUGAUGCUCUGUUUUCAGCUGUGAAGAAUUUUACAGAAGUUGCUGCUAGCUUUCAUGAGAGACUGCAACAAAUAGAUAUCAAUAACCUGCUUACUGUCCGGUCACUAAAUGAUCAGCUCAUGUUUCUAGAAAGGGCUUUCAUCGACCCUCUUGGAUUACCUGGCAGGCCAUUCUAUAGACAUGUUAUCUUUGCUCCAAGCAGCCACAACAAGUAUGCAGGAGAAUCCUUCCCAGGAAUCUAUGAUGCCAUGUUUGAUAUUGAAAGCAAAGCUGAUCAGCAUGAAGCCUGGGAAGAAGUGAAGAGGCAGAUUUCCAUUGCAGCCUUCACUGUGCAGGCAGCAGCAGAAACACUGAAAGAAGUAGCAUAAAUAUGAACAAUAUAGGCAUCAAUGAAGACUAAAUGUGACAGUUUACAGAAGCCUUAAAAAUGGAGCGCUUGAAAACACUAGGAGGAUUAUGACAAAGAACACAAAUUAAAAAAAAUCUUGGUCUUUGCAAAUAAUAUACCCAAGUGGAAUGCAUUUAGUAAUGUUAACAAGGUAAUGUACUCCAUUUUCAGAGCUCAGGAUUUAGAUAUCUUCUGAAUUGAGACAGAUAAUGUUUCAGGUUUUCUCUCAGCUUUGUAUUUUAAGAAUUGCUAACCACUGGAUUUACUUCCAGAGUUUUGAAUUUUUCUAGCUUGAUUAUUAUAGUGAUCUCCAUAGUUAUUCAGGAAAACAGAAUUCAUUUCAUGUUUCUGUCAGUUACUAAUUUGGUUGUUAUCUUUUUGUUAUUUACCCUGGGUAUGCAUGAUUAUACCUCAAGACAGGCCUCUCAGCCCUCCUUUUCCACAAAGAUUGAGAUGGAUAUGGAGAUGGGAAAACUGUCUCAUACCAUAUGCAGGAUGGAUAAUAAUUGUAACAAGUUUGGGGCAGCUGGCCCAGAAUACUCAUCCAUGACAUUCUUUUCCUCACAUGCUGAACCUUGCAGCUGAUUGCAGAUAAAUUUAAGCAAGAAGCUUUUAGUCACUGGAAUAAAAACAAGGCAAUACAUCUUGUCAGACAUAUAGUCAUCUCACAAAAUGUCGUUCAAGAUGAAGACCCCAUUGUUAUUCUUUUAACCAAAAUCUACCCUUGCUAUGCCUUGUCCCUCUGGAGGUGUUUUAAAUAUGAAGACAGAAGCAAAGAAUAUUCAUCAUGUCCUAAGUUACAAAGGAUACCAAAUUAUUACCAUUUUCAUAAAGUCUGUAUAUCUGAUUAUCAUGUGCUGCUUACUCUUACGAUGGACCAUAACUGUCUUGGGACAACCAAGAUCAGACAGAUAAGACUCAGAAAAUAAGAUCCCUUCAUCUGAAAUUUUGCCACUGGACUAUUACUAACCUCUAGUUCAGCUAGUAUUUUGUGUGAUUUGAUGUGCCAUAUUAGCUGAGGCCUCUACCAUGUCUUAAACUACUGUCCUGUGAUCUGAUGGUUUUCAGUACCACAGCAUAUUAUUUUCUUUAGCAUGAGGCUUCAUUUAAUCAUAAAUAUUUCUGCACUUCACAUUAAAGCCUUUCAGACAUGUUACUAUAAUUAAAUCAUUAUUUUGCUUAACUGUUGGUCUUUCUGCUAAAAUAAUCUAGUUUGCCAGAUAAUGGGAAAUGCUCUUAUACCCAUAGUUAUUGCCCAGUUACUUUCACAUUUUUUAUGAAACUGAUUGGAGUAAAAUGAUGAAGAUGUCUUCCCCGGAUCCAGUGCUGAUAGGAGACAUUGCUGACUCUGUUUUGUCACUGCUGGCUGCUCUACUACUCCACUUUUACCAGUGGAGAAUUCAUGACAUCAUAAUCCACCUCUGAAAAAAAUUAGUCAGCUUAGUUUGGUUACCUUACCCUAGAUGAUUUUUUAUGCAGCAAUCAGGACAAUGAUAAGCCAAAUCCACUAGGCAGACGGGAGUAGCAAUAAACAGCUCCUGUUGACCAGGUGGAUGCAAUAACAAUGUUUUUCUUUUGCUGAGGAGGAUAAAUUGAAGUGUCAAACUCCAAAAUUGUGGGUAUCUUUUCCUAUGUGACCUGUAUGCUGCUCCAGCAACUUUUUCUUUCAGUCCAGAAGACAUAAUUUUUUAAUCUCUGGCCUAAGCAUAGCAUUGUUUCAUUUAAGUUUUUUGGAAAUAGUUAGCAGAUAAUAUACAAUGUCCUGGCCCAGGACCACACAAAAUACAGAAGUAGUUACAUUCUUAGACUACAGAAACAUCCAUUAAAAAAAAAAUCUAGGCCUGUUCCCUAACCACUGCAGGGAUGAGGAUACAGGAACAGAAAUUUUCUCUCUCCUGUUGACUACGAGCUGGGGACAUAGGCUUGUGUGAACCUCAUGAAGUUCAAUGGGUGCUGCACCUGGGCCAGGGAAAUUCCAAGCACAAAUCCAGGCUGGGCAGAGAAUGGAUUGAGACUAGCCCUAAGGAGAAAGAUUUGGAGGUGUUUGUGGAUGGGGGAAGCUCAUUGUGACCUGGCAAAGUGCACUCGUGGUCCAGAAAGCCAGCUGCAUCCUGGGCUUCACCAGGAGAGGUGUGGCUGUCAGGCUGAGGGAGGGGAUUCUGUCCCUCUGGUCUGCUCUCGUGAGAUCCCAUCUGCAGUGCUGUGUCCAGCUCUGGGGCCCCAAUAUAAGAAAGACCUGUUGUAAGGAAUCUAGAGAAGAACCAUUAAAUCACAGGCCUGGAGUACCUCUGCUGUGAAGACAGGCUGAGAGAGCUGGGGCUGUUCAGCUUGGAGAAGAGAAGACUAAGGAGACCUCAGAGCACCUUCCAAUACCUAAAGAGCCUAAAGAAGGCUGGAGGGGGACUUUUUAUAAGGAUGUGUGCAAUAGGACAGGGAGGAAUGGCCUUAAGGUGUCCCUGUGUUCAGUGCACAGUCCUUUACUCUCUCAGCCUCACUGGUUACACUCCUCUUGUGGAAAAAGGGGUCAAAGUUUGCAAGCUGCACUUGUCAGCUGCCAGCAAUGUAAACUUUUAGUUGGAAUCUGAUAAUGGUCUCCUGAAGCUCAAGAUAAGAAAGACUCUGACUCAAAAGAAUUAACAUCUACUAGUGUUUUAAUCUGAUGGAAAGACUGAAGAGGCCGUGAGAGAGUUCAAGGGACUGUACAACUGGCAGAGUCAGAAGGAAACUACUGAUUUGAAAUUGUGGUUGAACAUUACCCUGUUGCUAGUUUUCCUGCCAGGGCUGUCUUUCCCACAGAUCAGGGUCUCUUGAUCUCUCAAACCACAGGUUCAACCUUUAGUCAGACAGUAGGUCAAGCAGCACAACAGUGCUGUAUCUUUCUUGCUGCAGAUAUAAAGCUUUAGGGCCCAGUUACUGAGCAACUACAACCUACGCUUUACAAGCCCUGGCAUUCAUUCUGUGUUUCACAUACCAUUACUGCCUUUACUAGUUGGCUGAAUAGCAGAAUGAUGCAUUCAACACACAAAUGCUUGCUAGUUUUGCAUUUGGCAUGUGUAUCCUUGCCAGUUUUUGAGCUUUUUUAGUUUACCAGGCAGUUAUGUGUUUAGUUAGUUAUGUAGGUAGAGUAUAUGUAGCUACCUGCAAGGGCUCCUAGCUUCAGCUGAACCUCACUCUGGUUUUCACUGUCAGAAUGAGGAAUUCUCACUACUCCUGAACUCAGCAUGAGGCAUAUGCAGUAACUAAUAAUUUUCAUGAUAAUUCUAAAACUGAUACUAAUUCAAAGAAGUACAGUAUGUUCAGGAGUUAAUGGUGUGGACCCUUUUUCUCACCUGUGCUAAGAAAAGGAGUCUUUUUACACUGUAAUAUUUCCACAGUUUGUUUUGCAUGAUUUCUCUGACUACUUUGGGUUGGUCUUAUCUCCUUUUAGCCUCGAACCUUUGAUUAAGUGGGUGUUUUCAAAAUUGAGUAAAAUACUCAGCUCUUAUCAGAAGUGCACUUCUAGAGGUAUCUCACACUGGUAAUAUCUUAGUUCUAGCUGGAAAAGCCCCAUGUAAAACAACAGCUGUGGCUGAUGGAUGUGGCCUUGAUUUUGCCAGGAAAGGACUCAAAGGAAGAUGAGUCUUUUGGGCUACUGAUCAUCUCAAGAGCUCUGAGGUCUCUCCUUGGGUAUGAAAUGAGAUGAUCAGUAACAGCUAAGGGUAAGAUGAAGUUUGGGUUGGAGCAGCUUCUUCCACUUUCUCACACAUGUGACUUUCCAUUCCUGACAUGCUUUAUUUUGGAUCUCAAAUGUCAGGAUCAUUUUUCCCUGACUCCAGUUAUUCUGAGGAACAUUUGUAAGACUUUAUACUACACCUUUGGCUUUAUGAUUGAGUAAUGUGUGCGUAUAUGUAUGCAUGCAACCAAAUCUCAUCUUGCUUCUGUUCCACCUGGGUGAAUGGUAGAUACUCAGCCUUCAUAUGCUGAUUUUCUUCCAAGGAGUUUGUAGGUGAGACAACUCGGGGAUACUCCCACAACCAGUCAGCAGGCAAAUACAGAAUGUUUGUAUAUAAAACAGAUACGAUCCCAGGGGGACAACAAAAAUUCUUGUGUAGUAAUGUCAAUCUUUCCACUGGCCUCCACAGCACACCAGGCUGAUUCAUAGAAUACAAUACAGCAACUUGGGUUGGAAGGGUCCUCCAAAUACCAUCUAGUCCUCUCCCCCUCCGCAGUGAGCAGGAAUAUCUUCAACUGGACCAGGUGGUUCAGACACCUGUCCAAAUGACUGUGAAUGUUUCCAAGGAUGGGGAAUCCACCACCUUCCUUGGAAACUUGUGCUAGUGACUCACCACCCUCACUGUAAAUAAAUUCUUCUUUAUAUCUAGUCUGAAUCUACCCUCUUUUAGUUUGAAACUGUGACUUGACCAAUUGCUACAGACCCUACUAAAAAGUCUGUCCCCAUCUAGAAUGGGUUUGUGUGGCAGCAUUUUCAUAGUGAGGGGCUACAGUGGUGGCUUCUGUGAGGAUCCCUGGAACCUCCCCCUGUAUCUGGCAGAGCUAAUGCAAACCAGCUCUGAGAUGGCUUCUGGGCAAGGCUGAGCCCAUCAGUGGUAGUGGCACCUCUGGGAUAACAGAUUUUAGAAGGGAAAGAAAGUUACUGUGCAGAAGCAAUUAGAGUCAGACUAGGGAGGAGUGAAAAAUGUGUGAGAGGAACAGCCCUGCAGACCCCAAGGAUAGUGCAGAAAGAGGGGAAGGAGGUGCUCCAAGUGUCAGAGCAGAGAUUCCUCUGGAGCCCAUGGUGCAGGUCAUGGUGAGCAUCCUGGCUGCACAGAGCAGUAUUCAGAAGUCUCACCUGACCUGUAGUUGUUGCCCCAGACCAGGACACAAAUUUUGCCCUGUACAGAUUUGCUCUGUCUAAAGGUUUAGGACCCUCUGAGCUCUUUAGGAGCUCCCAAAUGGUACUGGCUAUUUUUCUGUCAGAAAAUCAACAUUCUCAGUACAGAAUAAUUCAAGUGCCUAAAGUUAGGUGCUUAUCACACUUUUGAUACCCUAUGAUGUCUGGCCUGAUCCCAGGAUGGCCCCUGUGUUGCAUAUGUCAGCCCUAAGGCACAAAGGACUUGGGAGUAAAGAAGAUUAAGCUGAAAAAAAUGGUUGCAAUGAAGACAUCUUAAUUUUUCUCACCAUCCAAGUCUAUUUUAUUUUGUAAUAAAUUACUUUUCCCUGAGUGGAAUCUAUUUUGCUAAUGAUGGUAAUCAGCAAGCGAUACACUUGUGUUCAUUUCAACCCAUGAGCUUUUUCAUCUUAUUUCCUGCCCCAGUCUUGUUGAGGAGGGCCUGUGGUUAAAAGUGGAUUUACACUGUACAUUAUACUUGCAUUUAAUUGUAAUAUAAUAUACCCCACAUAACCCAUGCUAUGUAGGAACAUAUCACAACUAAUAACUAAUGGUAAUAGGACUUUAAGUGGUAGAAGCCAUUUGGCUGCUGCUUCUUGUUCAACCUCAGCAUUGUUAAUGCCCCUGUCACUUUAAAAAGACAUUCACGUAGAAAUAAAUGCAUUUCAUACAGUC